AUGUCAGACCAUGCAAAACCACCGCAAACUCGCAUAAUAUAUGUUAACCUAGGCUGGAACCUACCAGGCGGAUGCUGGAACGAGCAAGGAUGUGAACGUUGCUUGGGGGCGAAAACAGCGUCACUCGAACGUGUUACAACUCCGUUCAUGACGAAAUACGAACGAGCGCGAAUUCUUGGUACAAGAGCACUACAGAUUGCUAUGGGCGCACCAGUUAUGAUCGAAUUGGAAGGUGAAACUGAUCCAUUAGAAAUUGUACACAAAGAACCGAAAUCGAAAAUACCGCUGAUUGUAAGAAGAUAA